AUGAGCCCCUCAGAUCAGAAAGUGAGCGAUAGCAGUAACAGGAUGCCAAAGUCCAGGAGCUCGCUUCGAGACCGCCUCGCCCGCGCCAUCGCCGGGCCUCCACGUAUUCCGACGAGCAGCCGACCCUUCGAGGCCUCCGUCCGGACACCAGCGCGCAACCAACGGCACGAGAACAAGCCGCCCAGCACCGCCGCGCCAGCUCCAACACCAGCUCCGGCGCCGCCAUCCGGACCUCGCCGGCCUGCAGUGGCGCGCCAGAGGACGACGCGCUCUCGCCAGGAACGGCUGUACGCCGAGGCACCACCAGCUGCCGACAACGGGCGGAGCGUAUUACUCGCCACGUUCGGGUCCACGUUGUCGGACCUGGACGACGACGACGACGACAACGGUGGGGUAACCGCUACACCGGAGGAACGCCCGACGCCUGCACCAAUGCCGGACAUCGCGUCCCUACACAUCACGGGACCGGCCGCACUACCACCAGCGGCAAUACCAGCGCCCGCGCCGCCAUCCUCCGCCGUCGAAACGCACCGACAGGUCGUCGCACCGCCUCCACCGGCUCGACCACCAUCCGCCGCUACCGAGACCGCCACCGCUGAGCUGGCGCAGCCGCCGCUACCAACGCCGCCGCCGACGCCGCCCGCCUCACCCGGGUACUUCACCCGGCCACAACCGACGCCGGCACCGACACCGCCUCCGACCGGGUACUUUACCCAGCCAGCGCCGCCACCAUCAUCAUCCGCGCCACCGCCGUCGCCGCCAGCCCCCGGACCAUCCGCUAUUCCCGGCGAAGUCCUGCGGACCAUCCCGUGGGAGCGCAUACCACCAGGCCGUCGCUACCGUCACCAGGCCCUCGGGCACCGCAUCGUGGUGAAACACCAGCUCGACGGGUCCUGGUAUAUUCAUUAA